GGGUCAUUCUGACCUUGGGACAUUUUCCGUGGGACAUUUUUUCACCUUGGGACCUUGGGACGUUUCAGCGUGAAUAAUGGACAAUGGCGGGGGUGGGAAGACUUACCCCGACGUUGCACAUGUCGAUAAGAAUUCCGAGGGCGAUGGUGGCGGAGGUGAUGGAACAGCAGGAGGGGGUCAGGUGCAGAGCAUUGCCAUCGAGAUCCCGACGCUGCAAAGUCAAGGCACAACACCGGUUCCUCCUGCAUCUUCUGGCAGCACCGAGGUGGAGAGCGUCGCGAUUGAAAUUCCGACACUGGCGCAAAAGAAAGGCAAAGCGUUGGGGGGAGAGGGUUCGAGAAGCGGUGUGAGUCGUUCUGCAGGUCUUGGCCGAUCUGGUAAAAAGGUACGAGUUGACACGGGGCAUGGUAAAGCAGUGCCAACGACGGAAGGCCAGAAUGCAGAAGCCGCGCCAACGACGGAAGACCAGAAUGAAGAAGCAGUGGCGACGACAGAAGAAGGCCAGAAUGCAGAGGCUGGUGCCUCCCAGUCGCAAAGGGAUGACAUGGACAGGAGCAGCAGCAGCAGCAACCUCGCCGGUGGAAGUUCGCCAAUCGUACACGGAUGGCAAUUGUUUAAGUUUUCUCUUCAGUCCAGUGUCGCAAAGGUUUCAUCAUGGCUCCAUGGUCAAUCGUCCAUGGACGACGCUCCAAGUACUCCCCCUCCUUUUGGGCCGAGGCUCUCGCUGCUGGGUGGGUCGAAGCAGGCAUUGCUGGAAAAGAUGGAGCUGUUGGACAGACAAGCAAGAGAGAUGAAGAAGAGAAGAAGUGUCAUCGUCAAGACAGCAGAGUUCUUUGGCUUGCGGAAAACAGUCGGGCAGAUCAUGAGGGAGAAGGUGAAAGCAGCUAUACAACAGGAUAUUCAAAUUGUUGAGCACACAUGGACGACAGAGAAACUGUGUCAGUACUACAAGACAGAUCCAGAAAAGGGACUGACAGCAGAGCAAGUGGAUUUAAAUCAGAAGAAGUUUGGGGAGAACAGGAUUACCCCACCACAGGUGACACAUUGGUUCAUCAAGUACUUGGCCGCCUACACCGACUUUUUUGCAGUGUUGUUAAUGGUUGCCAGUGUGCUCUGCCUCAUCAUCUAUUUCUUGGACACAAACCGCGACCAAUCGAAUGUAAGUAUACACGAUGAGAGUGCAUCAACUAGCAGAACAGAGGGAAAUACUCAUGCAUAAUUGGGAAUGAAUCUAGCGCUAGAGC